UCAUAAUGGUUGUGAAGUUCGGCAGGCGGACUGGCGGCGGGCUCAUUGGCGCAGUUUAUCGCGUCUCCCACUGACCUCGUGAAGGUUCAGAUGCAGGCUGAAGGAAGGAACAUUCUGCAGGGCAAGGCGCCCAGGUUCGCCAACUGCAGACAGGCGUACGCCAUGCUGUAUGCUGAGAGUGGGAUUUUAGGGUUUUGGAGGGGCGCCGUACCAAAUGUCCAACGAGCAGCUCUCGUCAACAUGGGAGACUUAGCAGCAUACGACUACACCAAGCAGUACUUGAUGAAAGAGUUCGGCAUGGCGGACAACGCCUUGGUCCACGCAGCCGCCGCGUUCACUGCGGGAUUCGUGGCUGCUGUUUUAGGAACUCCUGCUGACGUGAUGAAGACCAGGCUCAUGAACCAGCCUGUUGGGCCUGAUGGGAGGGGUACAUUGUAUCGCGGCAUGAUAGAUUGCCUCCAACAAUCCGUGAAAAACGAAGGGGUGUUGUCAUUGUACAAAGGAUUUUUGCCGUUGUGGAUGCGCCUCGGGCCGUGGGCUCUGAUCAACUGGAUAGCGUUUGAAAACAUAAUGUUGGCGAUCGGAGGGAAGACUUUUUAGCACUACGUAGACCAUUACACUGCCGUCCGGAAUUAAAUGCUGUCUGAGCAUAGAUUAAAAAUGGCUUCUGUGAUGCACAUUAUCUGUCAUGCAGCAAUUUGUUUUUAGCAAGUAUUUUAUAGCCCAUGCUUGUGAGGUGCGCGUUCAACGCGUGCUUCCAUCUGUCAACACGUUCGUUUGUCGCCUUUCACAAUAUUGUGUACAGGACCAUGGUCAAUUGUUUAUUUGCGCUAAAAUAAUUUAUUUAUGUUGACAUAAAAUAGUGGGAAUUAAUUUAUGGGAAUUCGUUGAACGAAUUGAUGAUCAUCAAGUUAUUUAUAUUUUUAAGAUUUAAUUUUCGGAUAUAAUCUGUACAUAGCGAAUAUGAGAUCUAUUGGCUAAAAUAGCUAAGAUUAUUCAUGGGCGUAGCUAGAAUAAUAAAGGGUGGCUUGUGUCUGACACAAAUAAAGCGACUUCUAUGUCAUUAUGCAGAUUUGAUAAAUCUCAGGUCCUCAAUAUCCUGAGGGUGCGUAUCCCUCAAUUCUAGGAUAACCAUGGUUCUAGCUUCAAAGCUUGGUCCUUUGGUUGGUUACAUACUUAUGUAUAUAAACGAAACUAUUUUUAUUUUAAUGUUUGACUCACAAGUGUGUAAAGAAAAAAAAAAUCGAUCGAUGACUAAACGACCAAAAUUAAGGUAUCUAAUAUUUUUAUUUAUUUCUAUUUAUUAUUAAGGUCAUCGUGCAAUGAAUAAUGAUUAACCAACCGUAAUCAAGAAUUUUAUUUUUCUAAGUAGCGAAAUAUUAAAAUAAGGCUUUAUGGCAACUAAUAAGAGGUAAGCGCACAUAUAUAAAAAUACAAUUAUGUAUAAUGAUGUUGCUUCUAACUAUGGUUUCUUCUGGGUUCCUAGGUAAUGGAAAUCGUCAAGUCUUGAAGGCUUAUUUUCUUAUGACCGAUUUCUAUAAUAUAAACGUUCUUCAUGACUACUGUCGGAUCCAUGGACCAAUCAGGAGAAAAAUUGGUAGAUACCAUUACAAAUGAGUUAUUUUUAUGGGUUACUAGUUGACCCUACAGACGUUGUCCUGUCUUAACUAUGUAUGCACGCGCGCAUUCUGUCGAUCGCUGACAGUUAUUUCAAACCAUUGACAAUUAUGUAAAAUUAAUAUAGUCGUUAAGUUUUCUUAAUAUUUUAAUUUUCCGCGCAAUUUUUUGUUUUUUUUCUUUCAUAAGAAUCUUCUUCUGAACAACAAACACAACAAAAAAAUAUAGUGUAAUCGCUCCAGCCGUUCACGCGUGAUGGCGUGACCAAGGGUUAUAGGGAUUCAUUUUUAUAUAUAAAGAUUUAGGACUUUUUGUUGUAACUUUGAGUUUGUUUAAUAUUUAGUCUUUACUUUUGUGCCAUAUGCUUGAACUAUUCAGCUACCGUGUUAUGAAUUAGACUUAUAAAAUAAUGACAGAAAAAAAAUUAAAGUUAUUCUUACCGUGUUUGGACUUAGAAUUAACUAAAGUAGACACAGAAAUUCCGUCAAGUGAUAACAAAAGUAAUAUUAUAUUUAUUCGUAUGUCCCAAGUUGUUAAUACCUAAUUCAAAGUAAAUAAAUGGUAGUUGUAACUUACGCUCCUGUGCUGUUAUACUGGUGCUAAUUAUAUUUCGUUUAUUUAUUUUUUAGUGGUUUUGUAUACUUAAAUUCAGAUUAUGAAGGUAGACAGCGGAUUUACACUCGGUGCAUUAUAUUUUGUUAUAUCUACAAGCAGAUGUGUGAAUGUGUAUACUUGUAUGUAUAAAGCAGUAUGCUUACUUUAAGUUCCGCUUUUAAGACAUACUGACAAGUAAAAUGUUAUUUGCAAAACAAUUAAUGUGACGCGUCAAUUUUUUUUGGGCUACAAACACAAAAAGCAAAACUGAUUACAGUAGAUGAAUCCUAUAUUUAGUAAUUGAUUGCAUGCGGUUACACUUACACUAAUUCUCGUUUUUAUUGUUUACAAAUGUACAAAAAUAAUUUUGCACAAAGCUUAAGACACAACAAAACGGUUAAAACUACUGCUUUAAGAUAUAGGGCAUAAAAUUUUAUAAAUGGACGUUUUAUAAAUUAGUUUAUUUAAAACCAGCGCACUUAUGGUAAUAAUUUUUAUCCAGAUUCCUUCAUAAUCAAAUUUCAUUUCACCUAUAACAUGUUUUAUUUGUCGUUUUUAACUUAUAGGCUUUAAUUGAAGAAAUAAAGGAUAAAAUUUCGCUCACCAAAAUAAAUAUACGACUUUUCUAACGCCGUAUUUUAUACCCGCGCUCUCCACGCGUUACACUGCCAUUUCAAUAAACAAUCCCGAUCGUUUUUACAAUCUAUCUCGAAAACAGACCAAUCAGAACAAAGUAUUUAUGAUAUGAUUUCAAAUGAGUUAUUUUGAUUGGUUCAUUCUUGGACUGAGAUUGGGAUCGUUUUAAAACAGCUGUUAAUACGCACAUUUCUAUGUACACAGAUUCCGACUGUAUCGGUUUUUUGCCUUUUCAACUGCAUAUAAUCUCUUAUAUAGUUUAAAAGCUUCUUGUGCAUAGGCUCUAACAUCAGUGUUGUAUUUAAAUAAUACAUUUGGAAUAUAAGGGAUUAUUUGUAACACCAAUAAAAUUGUUAGUUAAUAUUUAAAAUACUGUGGAUGUUUAUAAUGAAACUCAAAUUGGUUCAUUGUGAGAGAUAUCUAGUAAAAAUGAAGGCGAUGUUAAUUGUGCUUUACACGUAGUGUAUGUGAAAUUGUUAUGAUGAACAUUGUGAUGUUAUAUUUAAUAAAUUAUUAUAACUGUUA